UCGGGAUAACUAGAAGAAUGGUUUGUAAAGGAAAUUUGCAACUUUAAUUAAUUUACGUUAAAUUCACAACUAUUACCAUUAGUUUGCUACAUCUUCGGGUUCUUUUUUACCUUUCUAGAAUAGUGGCAGAGAAUGGCCUUGAUCGACAGGAAUUGCACACGUAGCCCGAAGUUUUGCUGUUCAAAUUUUUUUCGAAAGUAUGGCAAACAUGUGGAAAAUGGAAAUGCAAAUACAUUUUCAAGUCGACUCACACAAAUGUGUAUAAUGUAUUCAUAAACAGACGUGAAGCGUCAUCGUUUGUACAAUCAUCCAUGAUGGUUUCCGUUUUUAAUAUUUUCAGCAGGACAUAAAAUCAUUUUGCUUUCUCGAAAGAAUCAUGGCUGCUCAUCAUUUGAUUGUAUCCUCAAUAUUUCUGUUUUCGGUUUUUUUUUCACUUUCCGCAUCCUUAUCUUGCCACAAAAUGCUACCUGUUCGUGUUUUAAGUGGCAAUUCGACGUGGAAACUUUGUGUCGUCAGCAUGAAUGGUGCAAAACUUCGUUUCAAGAUAAAAAAUUUAUUCGCACCAGGAAACUCUGGAUGGUUAACAAUCGGAUUUCCUCAUGUCGAUAAGGCUGAUCAUGUUCCAUUCUUUCUUCUCGAAGUAAACAAGUUCAGCUCGGUCAAGCAAACACAAGACGUGAAGAAAGAAGUGAAUUGUUCAAUACCCGCGGGAAAAAGAGGCUUGAAAGUGAUCCCUGUGGAUUGUGUCUUUAAGAAAGCAAUGAGUGAAUACGUGAACGGGAAGAAGAUCAAGGUCUUCUGGCGUGCUGGAGGCUUACCGGCGGAUACUGUGCAGGAAGAAGGAAAACAAUUGUUAAAAAACCAUUCCAUGUUAUACCUUUAUCCUCGUAAUAAAAAGAAUGAACCUCCUGCAUAUGCAGGCUCAACCGCUAUGCGACUUCUGAGGAACUAUGGGAAAAGCAUGGCCAUUAUUUUUGUGAUAUCGUUUGCACUCACCGCCCUCAUCACUUUAACCAUCUGCUGUUGCUGUAGGAAGAAAGUACCUCAGGGCUUCAGCAAGCAAAAACUAACAAAGGAUUCAUCCGUGUCAUUUUACAGAGACGACAGUGAACAUGAAGCUGCAGACGGUCAAAGUCAAAGUGACGAGUCGGAAAAUGAUGAAAAAGUUGCAUUUCUCCGUAAUAACAAUGACAGAGACAGUUCUGUGUGAUGAACAUUGUCAGUGUUUACGAGGAGAAUAUUAGCUGCGCGUAGUUUACUCUUAUUUUAGGUGUUGCUGAUUCAAAAGUGAUGGCUAAGUUCAUAAGAAACUUUGGAAGGAAAAGGAUCGCAAACUUUAUUUACGUAGCAUAAUUCUAAACAGGUCGGUUUUCUUUCUAAUUUUCCCUCAGGCUCAGGAUCAUCGGGCAACGUGAAGGCCGAAGGGCUGUUUUACUUAAUUGACGUGUAGAUAUUGAGCAAAUAAACGUUUUUGUACAGAGAAACCGAUUUUCAAAUUUUU